CGAGCAGCUGAUCCACCAUGUUUAGUUAACGUGCGUUACCGGUGAUCAAUGGCUACUUACAUAGUUUCAGAUGAUGGUUUUUGCCCUACUUGCAGAUCGAAAGAAGUGUUUCACGUUCUUAGUGACGAAGUUCGUUCUGGAAGAAUUCCUGCUAUGCAUCGUUUCUUGCUUAGGAACGAACGCGCUGUUGUUGCGUCAGACCUUAUGAAAACAAAUGGAAGACAGGAUUCUCCUACUAUGAUAUGUGCUCUUUGCUUUGGUAAUUCAAGCUUGGGAGGUUUUCAUAUCAAUUGGCAGCUUACUAACUUGGAGACAAUCUUUUGUGUUUCUCCUGAGACACUAGCAAGUGAAGAGCACUUGCCGUACGAUCAGGAUGAAUUGCUUCAUAAUGGUGAAAAGACGUUGCAAAAGAUUAUUCAAGCUGACAGUAACAGGAAGUCUGGCUCUAACCAAGUAUUUACUAAACGAGUUACAGAUAAAGACAGUGCUGGAAAUGAUACUGGUGACACUCAGCAACUACAUGACGCUCAUCCUUACAUGAAGUAUCUUGCGAAUCAAAUAUCUGAAACAUCAAAGCCAGACAGUGCAGCAACAACACCUGAAUUGUCAAAGAAGAAGGAUGUUAGUCUUAUGAGUCAACAUGAGGUGGUCUAUCCAAUUUCCGUUACUGGGGCAUGCCCGUAUUGUCAAUCACAUGACAUUCUUUACAUCAUUCUUGUACCUCCAGGUGAAGAACAUCAGGAGCUGCCACCUCUUUUGACAAAACUUGUUAGCAAAGGGUGUGCAUUUACACUGAAGGAUAAUGGAAGAACAGAAGUGCCUUCGUUUCAGUGCCGUCAAUGUGGUUACGGGUUUAAUCUUGACUGGACAGCUGCCAGCCUUGAGUCUGUAUUUGAAGAUGUGCUAGCAGCUGGAAAUGAGAACAUAGUAGCUCAAUCUCAGAUUGCAAACCAAGCACAGAUGCAAGAGAGGCAGCAAGUCCUGCUAGAUAGAGACGUUAAAGAAACAGGGGGCGCAAGUUUUACUAACAUAGAGUCUGAAGACUUAACAUCAUCAUCCAGUAGCCAAACAAUGCCACCAGAGUCUCAACCAUUUGUAACUAAGUACAAGGAGUACGCAAUUCCAGGCAACUUUAAUGUUCUAACAGGGAAAUUUCAGCGUCUUUCUGAAACAGAGCAUUGGGCUCAGAAGGGAUUGCCUACUGAUCGUGAUAUCAGGCAGCUGGCUCACUAUAUGGAUGUAUCAUCUGCAGACACUGGUGAACAAAAGAAGAAACAAGUCAAGCUAACAGCCAAGCAGAUUCAGAAGUUUAAGAAGGUCAAGGAGGAGAAGAAACGCAAGAAAUUAUUACAAGCUUACUUUGACCAGUAGGGAAGUGUGAAGUUGUUUGGGUUUAGCUUUUUCAUAGAAGAUUAAGAUAUGAGUGAGUAGUCAUUUUAUCUCAUACAGGAGAUGUGUCCCUGAGGGGAGACCAUUAGUUGCUGCAGAACAGGUGUACAUGAACAGCAUAACUAGAAACUGCUACUUGGUGAUGACUUUAUUAGUAUGUAGUGGGGUUCUUGCGCACUUGUUUCUAACACACUCCAGAAACAGCUGC